CUCUGCCUGCUCGCUCCUCUGCGCUUUGGCCGUUCGCUCAUCCGCGCUUGGGUCUCGGCCGACACCCUGUCAAGUCGCUGUUGCUGUCAACCCUCUUCCAGACGGCGCCCGCAUUAUCCGUUUGACAUUGCCUCCCAGACUUGCGUCCCAACCCCGCUUCGCCAGUCCCCGGUCGCAUUGCCCAAUCCCGCGGCACCACUUUCGUCCCCCCUCGGUACUCUUUUCUCUGUCCAAGACCCCCUUUUCCUCCUGCGGUCGAUCCCGCAAUCGAUCCCACAGUCGUCCCCGCAGUCGACUCCACGCUCGCAUUUGCCUCCACGCCUGUCUCUGCUUCUGCUACACAAUCUGCUCCCGCGCUCGAGUCGAAUGCUGCCUUGAGAAAUGUUCCUGGACUUUGCCCUCCUCGGUCUCGACGCCGCCUCCAAUGGCACCUCAGCGUCCCCCUCGGCAUCCCCUUCGGCAUCCCCUUCGGCAUCCCCGUCGCCCAGCGCAGACUCCAACUUCAAUCUGACCCUCCCCGUCGCCCUUGUUGGCACCGCCGUGGUUGUCGUGAUUCUGCUGGUCAUUAUCCUCCCGCCAUGUCUCGCCCGCUCCUCCCUCAAGCGCGAGAUGCGGUCCUUGUCGACCGCCGCCCUGCAAACAACCCCUGCCUCUGAGCCCCGCAGCCCGGCGUCGCUCCACGACCUCCUGAGCUACUCGACUGCCAGCAACGGCCUGUCCGACCACCGCAGAACCAGCUCGACGUCGUCGACAUCCUCCGCGCCCGACCCAUCUCUCCACAGCGAUGCAGCCACCGUCGUCUUCAGACCAUCUCAGUCCCUCGAAACAGAGUACCGGCGCCAUCUCCAGGCAAAAUCUCUGCCAAAACCCCAGUCACUCGAGGACACCGCCACCCUGUAUUCCUCUCGCCACUCGGCGCACCACUCGACACACGCCUCCAUCGACCGCCUCAAGGCAUUUGGCUCGCCACCAGGCUCGGCACCGGGCUCGGCACCGGGCUCGGCGCACUCGUCACCGAAGCACCCCACCGUCCCUUCGCCUCAUCUCUCCUCUCACCUCUCUCCCAAGCCUCCACAUGCCGCUGCUCAACCCUCGAACCUCUCGUCAAUGCCCUCGCAGGGCUCGCUCAAGUCCCGAGACGAGGGCCAGGUCCUGAACUACAACUAUUCGCCCUUCAGUAUCCGGAGCCCUUCGCCAUCGCUGACCAUGAGUGGCUCGCUCCCGCGCCAGGAAGACCAGCAGUACCGGCUGCUCAGCGCCCAGGAGAUUGCCAAGGGCCAAUCGGCGUUCCGUCUCAACCACGCUUCAUCCAAGGCGUCGCUCAAGAAUCGUCCGCUGUCGCCAAGCAAUGCCAUGGUUCUGCCGGUCUACUCACACGAUGCCUCGUCCAGCGAGUAGUCGCCGCCAUUAUCAUUGUCAUUGUCAUUGUCAUUG